UUGAAUGCUCUCAUUGUCCCUUUACAAACAGGAACAGCGAUAUAAAUUCUCAUGCUCAUUUACUUUGCAGCAAGUUUGUGUUGUGGAGUUGAUCCAUAAUGGAGAUGCCUGGGGCUUUAUUAUUGCUCCUACUUUUGCAGAUUUUUACAGGAGACACUUCAGGGACACUUGUCUCCAGCUGUGAUUCAUGUCAUGAUGAAGCUGUCUGCUUGGAGUCACGAGAAAGAGGAGACGCCUUUGCCAACCAGGCUUUUUCAUGUGUCUGUAAAGAUGGCUUUUUGGGUGAUGGUCUCACCUGCUACAAUACAAAACUCUGCAGUGACUCUUCUUGCUGUAGCCAAGGUUAUCACUGGUCACCAGACAGGGGCUGUGUAGACACUGACGAGUGCUCCCUCCCAGACUCGCCCUGCGUGCCGCCUCAGGUCUGUCAGAACACACCAGGCUCCUUCAACUGCCUGAAGCUUUCCUCCAGCACCAGAUCCGGCCCCUCCUCCCAGUCUGUCCAGUUCAACUGUGGAAAUACUGUUUGCCCUUUGGGCAUGGACUGCAUCAGCAAUAAUGCAACUGCCCGGUGUGCUGACCCCUGUGAGUACUACACUGUACUGGAUGAUGACUGGCGUUCAACAAAUAACACAGUGAAUCAGAUCACACGCUGUGACCGAGAUGUUAGCUGGCAAGGCUGGUAUCGUCUUUUUCUGGGACAAACCAGUGCUCACAUUCCAGAGAGGUGUAUAGAUAGAUACAGGUGUGGAACCCAUGCUCCUCUGUGGAUAACAGAACCUCAUCCCACACAAUCUGGUGUGAUUGUAAAUCGUAUUGUGUGUAAUGCCUGGGCUGGUAGCUGCUGCUAUUUUAGCUCACACACUAUCCAUGUCAAGCUCUGCUAUGGAAACUACUAUGUCUACAAACUCGUGAAGCCAUCCACAUGCCAACUUGCAUACUGUGCAGAGGUGAAAAGAACACACACUGCAGUUUCUUCAACCACACCUGAUCCAAGAUCACAGAUGUCAUCUGCCACUCAGGUCAACAUCAAUUCCAUAACAACAGUGGGCAACAGUGCACUAGCUGAGGGACAGGUCCGUCUGGUCAAUGGAGGAAACAGCUCCUGCUCAGGCAGAGUGGAGAUCUUCCUCCGUGGACAGUGGGGGACGGUGUGUGAUGAUAACUGGGACCUGGUUGAUGCUCAGGUGGUGUGUAGACAGCUGGGCUGUGGCAGGGUCCUGUCAGCACCACAGAGUGCACGUUUUGGAGCAGGCACAGGGCCCAUCUGGUUGGAUGAUGUCAUGUGCAGAGGUAACGAAUCAAAGCUUACCGAGUGCCGUCACCAAGGAUUUGGAUCUCACAACUGUGGUCACAAUGAGGAUGCUGGUGUCGUUUGUGAAGUUCAUCCAGGACCAAUCAGCACACUUUUACCAACCACACAUGAUCCAAGACCAUCGACCAUCCCCACCACUGAGGUGAUAGCUGACAGCAGUCCUACAACAUCAGCUGAGGGACAGGUCCGCCUGGUCAAUGGAGGAAACAGCUCCUGCUCAGGCAGAGUGGAGAUCUUCCUCCGUGGACAGUGGGGGACGGUGUGUGAUGAUAACUGGGACCUGAACGAUGCCAACGUGGUGUGCAGACAGCUGGGCUGUGGCAGGGCUCGUUCAGCACUACAGAGUGCAGCUUUUGGACAGGGAAGCGGACCCAUCUGGUUGGACAAUGUCAGUUGUUCAGGGAAUGAACCAUCAAUAACAGACUGCAGACACCCAGGGUUUGGGAUCCACAACUGUGGUCAUGUUGAAGAUGCGGGUGUUGUUUGUGAAGUUCAUCCAGGACCAAUCAGCACACUUUUACCAACCACACAUGAUCCAAGACCAUCGACCAUCCCCACCACUGAGGUGAUAGCUGACAGCAGUCCUACAACAUCAGCUGAGGGACAGGUCCGUCUGGUCAAUGGAGGAAACAGCUCCUGCUCAGGCAGAGUGGAGAUCUUCCUCCGUGGACAGUGGGGGACGGUGUGUGAUGAUAACUGGGACCUGGUUGAUGCUCAGGUGGUGUGUAGACAGCUGGGCUGUGGCAGGGUCCUGUCAGCACCACACAGUGCACGUUUUGGAGCAGGCACAGGGCCCAUCUGGUUGGAUGAUGUCAUGUGCAGAGGUAACGAAUCAAAGCUCACCGAGUGCCGUCACCAAGGAUUUGGAUCUCACAACUGUGGUCACAAUGAGGAUGCUGGUGUCGUUUGUGAAGUUCAUCCAGGACCAAUCAGCACACUUUUACCAACCACACAUGAUCCAAGACCAUCGACCAUCCCCACCACUGAGGUGAUAGCUGACAGCAGUCCUACAACAUCAGCUGAGGGACAGGUCCGCCUGGUCAAUGGAGGAAACAGCUCCUGCUCAGGCAGAGUGGAGAUCUUCCUCCGUGGACAGUGGGGGACGGUGUGUGAUGAUAACUGGGACCUGAACGAUGCCAACGUGGUGUGCAGACAGCUGGGCUGUGGCAGGGCUCGUUCAGCACUACAGAGUGCAGCUUUUGGACAGGGAAGCGGACCCAUCUGGUUGGACAAUGUCAGUUGUUCAGGGAAUGAACCAUCAAUAACAGACUGCAGACACCCAGGGUUUGGGAUCCACAACUGUGGUCAUGUUGAAGAUGCGGGUGUUGUUUGUGAAGUUCAUCCAGGACCAAUCAGCACACUUUUACCAACCACACAUGAUCCAAGACCAUCGACCAUCCCCACCACUGAGGUGAUAGCUGACAGCAGUCCUACAACAUCAGCUGAGGGACAGGUCCGUCUGGUCAAUGGAGGAAACAGCUCCUGCUCAGGCAGAGUGGAGAUCUUCCUCCGUGGACAGUGGGGGACGGUGUGUGAUGAUAACUGGGACCUGGUUGAUGCUCAGGUGGUGUGUAGACAGCUGGGCUGUGGCAGGGUCCUGUCAGCACCACACAGUGCACGUUUUGGAGCAGGCACAGGGCCCAUCUGGUUGGAUGAUGUCAUGUGCAGAGGUAACGAAUCAAAGCUCACCGAGUGCCGUCACCAAGGAUUUGGAUCUCACAACUGUGGUCACAAUGAGGAUGCUGGUGUCGUUUGUGAAGUUCAUCCAGGACCAAUCAGCACACUUUUACCAACCACACAUGAUCCAAGACCAUCGACCAUCCCCACCACUGAGGUGAUAGCUGACAGCAGUCCUACAACAUCAGCUGAGGGACAGGUCCGCCUGGUCAAUGGAGGAAACAGCUCCUGCUCAGGCAGAGUGGAGAUCUUCCUCCGUGGACAGUGGGGGACGGUGUGUGAUGAUAACUGGGACCUGGUUGAUGCUCAGGUGGUGUGUAGACAGCUGGGCUGUGGCAGGGUCCUGUCAGCACCACACAGUGCACGUUUUGGAGCAGGCACAGGGCCCAUCUGGUUGGAUGAUGUCAUGUGCAGAGGUAACGAAUCAAAGCUCACCGAGUGCCGUCACCAAGGGUUUGGAUCUCACAACUGUGGUCACAAUGAGGAUGCUGGUGUCGUCUGUGAAGUCCUGCUCCAACCUACUCAGCUUAUUUGUGGCCGUGAUAAACUCCAAGUAGGGCUGAAUUUGGUUGCCAUGACAUCCACUGGCUUGAACCCAUUCUCUGGAAACCUGGCAUCCCGCAACUGCUCCUGGGUCAGAGUGCUUGAUGAUGUAGUCUGGUACGAAGUGGAGGCUCAGGCAGGUGCCUGUGGAAAUACACUGAGGACCAACCGCACACAUGCCAUCUACUCCAACAGUUUAUUUAUCUACCCAACAAAUGUGUCCUUCGCCCGUCCUGUGAGUCUUCCUUUCUCCUGCGCAUAUCCCCUCGACACAGACACCAGCCUGAAUGUAGCUAUCAGACCAUUCCUGCCGCUGCCAGAUAGACUUUCUGGCUCAGGUACCAAAGCCAGAGCCUCAAUGUCUCUCUUCCGCAACUCCAACUUCACUGAGCCUUAUCCAGCAGGCUUGAUCAGCCUUCCAGUGGGCUCUCCCCUCUAUGUGGGCGUCUCUGUGGAGGAGAGAGAUCCAAGCUUUGCACUUGUUCUGGUGGACUGCUACGCCACUCACUCAUCAAACCCUGAUGAUCCCACACGAUACUUUCUCAUCCAGAACAAGUGUCCCACUGACCGCCGACAGGUGUCAGUGGUUGAGAGCGGCUCAUCCCUCCAGGCUCGUUUCUCUGCCUUGCUCUUCCUGUUUCAGGGUGAAUAUCGAGACAUUUAUCUUCACUGCAGCCUCAGCCUGUGUGACCGGAGGAGCUCUUGUGUUCGACCCUGCACAAAUAGGGCAUAUCGCUCUAUUUCCAGCUCUGCUCCUCUGAAGCUCCUCAGCAUUGGACCAAUCACUUGGGACAAAUCACCUGAGUGAGCUGGAUACAUACAGCAACAUUACAAACACAUUUCAGAAUGUGAUAUUAUUUUGUAUUAACAUGUUUUUAAUUCAUAGACAUAAAAUUAUAAAAACUGCUGUUACAUAGUAUGAUCAAAUCUUACCACACAUUGUUCAUUCCUCAUUUCUAUUUCCUGUGUAAUGAUUGUUAUUAAACAA